AAUAACACUUCCUUGUUGGUUUAAGAAUUCUAACAUGCAGACACUCGUCGUUUUGAUAUUAUUGAGACUGACUUUGUCCUCUGGAUACCAAAUCCUAUCUCAGAAUAAGGAGACCAAGCAGACUAAAGAAGUACCCGGCUGCCAAGACGCUGGAACAUGUCAGCAGUUCCAAUCCACUCGUGCAGUGGAUAGGGACAUUAACACGUGUACAAGGACAGCACCUAUUGGAAAUAGUACAACACAACCAAAUAAAUGGACAUGGUGGUAUGUUGACCUUGAGAGAGUACUCAGCAUCUUCAGCAUCAGAAUACAGUUCAAAGACUAUGGAGAACCAUAUGUCAUGAGACAAAGAGGACGUUUUGCUGGUUUCUCGCUCUAUGUAUCAAACACAACUAUAAAGGAGGAUGGGUAUCUAUGUUACAAGAAUCGACAGGAGUUACCGCCCUUGGAUUUCAGUACCACUUGCGUCAAACAUGGACGUUACGUUAUAUUUUACAAUGAAAGACUUGACGGAACAACUUAUCCUACAGGAUAUCAAACAACUACAGUUAUCACUGAAUUAUGUGAAGUAACUGUAACAGGUUGUAAAGAAUCCGGUGUGUAUGGAUAUAACUGUGAUCUACCCUGUCCAAACAACUGUCAAGAAUUGAGAUGUGACAUUAUCAAAGGAACGUGUUUGAGUUGUACUGCAGGAUGGGUGGGAUACUUUUGUAACACAUCCUGUCCAGCUGGAUAUUACGGUGUACAGUGUAGAUCUACGUGUACUGGACACUGCAGAGACAACCUGUCCUGUAAUCACAUCACUGGACAAUGUGACUAUGGCUGUGGUAAUGGAUGGACAGGAACACAUUGUAACACAGAGUGUCCUGCAGAAUCACACGGUCCGGAUUGUAUGUAUAACUGUAGUGGGCAGUGUCUGAGUUACCUCCCCUGUAACAGGACAACAGGAAGAUGUGACGGAGGCUGUAAUUCAGGAUAUACCGGGGACCUCUGUGACAAAGCAUGCUCAGUUGGUCGGUACGGACUGAAUUGUUCAGAGAACUGCAGUUCCCGUUGCCGAUCUGAAAGUAAUCAUUGUAACCAUAGAGACGGACAUUGUGAACAUGGAUGUGACGAUGGAUUCCAAGGAAGUAAAUGUGAAGAAAUUUGCAUUGAUGGCUGGUAUGGAGAAAACUGCUCUGUACUAUGUAACGAGAACUGUGUCAAUCAGUCAUGUGACCACAUCACAGGCAGCUGUGUAUACGGAUGUAAACCGGGAUGGAGGACUCCCAACUGCGAACAGAAAUGCUCAGUAAAAACGUACGGCAAAGGUUGUGGAAAUCACUGCAGCAGUCAUUGCAGAUAUAUGACAUGUAAUCCAAUCAAUGGAUCUUGUUUGGAGGGCUGUAUUCCCGGGUACGUGGGAAGUUUCUGCAACAAACCAUGUGACGAAGGAACAUAUGGACUCAACUGCGCCCAGAAUUGUUCUCAGAACUGCGUCGGCUUUUGUGAUUCUGUUGACGGAUCCUGCACUUGUUCCUCUGGGUGGACAGGGUCCCCUACCUGUAAUGAAAUAUAUUGUGAGAAAUCCAUGGACAAUAUUGACGAAGAAAUAAGUCUUCUAGAAGAGAAAAUUAAGGAACUUUCUAAUGAAAGCAUGCGAAUUAAGGAAAAUAUGGCACAGUCAACACCUGGUACUGUAAGAGACUCGGGCAUUGGAGAGUCUGGGCGUAAUAUAGAACAUAAUGCAGAGGAAAACUAUGAGGCAAAAGGAGCAAGACCUAAAACUAAGCUUGAUGCUUAG